UUUUGUCAACUUUUCUACUUGAGAACAAGAUUUAUAUGUUUAUUUAUGCACGCAUUCAAAACAAAACAUAUGCCGUAGAAUUUUUGUCUUCCGUUUGUGUUGCUGAGGUUAUUCAUAAUAUCACUGAGAGGUGUUAUGAACAUUUUGUAUCUUUUAAUGAAAAGCAAAAUGAAAAUGUCAAAAAUAAAUACAAAUAACUGUGUGUGGAUACAUGGAUACAUUAACAAAAGAAAAAUGGUAUUACUGUUGGUUGUUGUUUUUCGUUCAAUGGCGGUGUGAUUCAUACAUAUUUUUAAUAUGAGAGAAUGCGAAUGCGAAUGUUUAUGUAUGUAUCUAGGCAGACGAGCAAGUUUGCCUGGUAAUGUGUAUGUUUAUCAAAAAUAAAAGGAAAAAGCGUUAAAAAAAAAUUCCACAUUUUAACAAUUAAAAAUUAAUAAAAAAUGUACAGAGUGCGUGAAAGUGACAUAAAUCACGAGAGGAUCAACAACACCCAUAAGAAUGUAUAUUAAAAUGCUUGCUGUUAAUUAGUCAUCACUUAUGAACACAAUAUUUUGUUUAUCGAUUAUCGAUGGCAUUUGACGGCAGCUUAACAAUGAAGACCAUAAGAACAUUUUUCAGCAACAUAUAAGGGCAUGGAAUAAGCAAAAAAAAAAAAAAACAAAAUGACGAUAAUAAUAAAGAUAUAAUGUGUUGAUAAAUAUACCGCAGUUGAAAACAAAACAAAAAAAAGAAACGUUAAGAAGGAAAUUAUACAAAAAAAAAAAAAAAAAAAAAAAAGAAACGGCAAAUAUACCGCCGCAUAAACUGCAUCUCCAUGAUAUAAAGAAAGCGGAACGAAAAAUAAAAGAUGGGUUUAAGAGCGAAAACUGCCAGCACUUCAUUAAAUGCCAACAAUAAACAACAACAAGUGCAAAACUGUAAGUUUUUAAAUGGCAAUAAACGGUGCAACAAUAAAAGCAUGCCUCAACAGGCGAUAUUAUUGGCCUCAUCGAAUCCCGGCACCACGAUCGGCUGCAUAAAAAGUUCAGCAUCAAUAUCGACUUUAGCUAAGCAAUUGCAACCGAAUGCGAAUAGAGAGACGAGAUGCAGCAUCACCAGCAUUCACAGCACUACUACGUAUCGCAGUAACUCUUCAUCAGCUUUGCUGACAACAAACAAUAUGCGACCUCAGACAUUAAAUGUUCAUAAUCGUCGGCAGACCCCAACGGAUCAUACGCAAUCAUUUCUGGGUGAAGUGUUGGCUGCUUGGCGUGCUAAAGCCAGAUGGAAUAUAGUGCCAGCGGAACGUACGCAAGAAUUAUUCCAAGAAUUGAGUUUUCAUCCAAAUGACGAGCAAAUUAGCGAUAUGUUGCAAACUGCCAAAAUGUUAGCCCGUAAAAGUAGCCGUCACUCGAAUGGUCUAACUUUCGGAGAAUUUUGCGUUCUAGCAGCUGAUUUGAAAAGAUUUCGGACAUCAUCCUUCGGUACUUCUUCGCCUGGGUAUUGUGACAAAGUUAAUUUGUUAAGCGGUGGCACAAAAGGAGACUACAAUGACGACGACGAAGCAAAAACCAAAUGUAGUUUCUCUGGGGGUGAGCUGCGUAGUACAAAAUCGUUAAGUAACGUAGAAGACUGUAAGAAACUUGAUUCUACAACGACUAAUUCGGGUUCAACGUCUGCGCCGGUUGAAGUGUUUUUAGGCGGCUCAUGCAAUCCCACUACGUGGCGUGCUGAUGUUGCAAUACCCGCCUUGAAAAAAUUGGGCAUUUCAUUUUAUAAUCCACAAGUUUCUGAUUGGACUCCCGAUCUCAUUGAACUCGAACAUCGUGCUAAAGAAAAGGCACGCGUUUUAUUUUUUGUUAUGGAUUCGGAAACUCGAGCAUCGGCUGGUGCUAUCGAAGUAGCUCAUAUAGCUGGUCAAAAUUGUAAACAACUUGUCUUGGUACUACAUCCGUAUAAACCCAGCCAACGUAUACUCAACGAACACAUAUCGCAACAAGAAUACAUUGACCUUACACGCAAUCAAUUGAUCUUACGUGAACUUGUCACACGUCGCGGCUUGCCAGUACUUGACAACAUCCCGUCGGGCUUACAACGCACAAAAGAUGUUUUAGCCGGUUUCAGAGAUCCGCCAACAAAUAUAGCGUCUAUUUUAAUCGUCGUGCGUGGUGCUUUUGAUCGCGUUAAUCCUGUCUAUGACGUUAUUACUAUUGAACAGUGCCAACGUGCUCUCUUGUACUUGGGUUACACGCAAAGUCUAGUAAAGUUAGAUAAUUUAUCUAAAAUUAUAAGCGAUCAACGAGAGUCGUUAAGUUCCUUAAAGGACAUCGAAGCCACCGGCGCAAAUGCUCCCAAUUUUAAUAUGAAUUCAACAUCAUCAGUUGCUCAACAAAAUGCUGCAACCGCAUCAGACGGCCAGGCUUUCAGCGAUUUCAGUGAUUUAAUCGAUUUUAAUUUAUUUUGUGUUAUAUUCGCUUAUUUGUCAGUGUUGCAGCAAGAAAUUCACGAAAGUGGUUGUAUUUCGCCCAUAAAGGGUAUUAAUGUUCCCCCGCCACCAGUUUAUUUGACAAAUAUGCAAGGAGAGGGACGUCUAGCUACUAACUAUUUUACGAACAAAAAUGCAUCGCCAAUAUCUAUCAAUGGCAUUGUGUCCAGCAGUGAAGAAGGUGGGCAAAAUGUAAGCGAGUCAUCAAAUCGCGAUAGUGGUACUUCGUCACCCCAGCCUGCGGAAUCUUUAAAAUCUCACUCACAAAUUCAUUUAGGUAAACCAAGCAAAAAAUCAGUUCUUUUAAAUGUCGCUACUACUAAAACUACUGCCAUAACCACGACUUUAACCAAGCAAUCUAAUACUUCGGCUCCCAUAGCUAAUUUGACGUUACUUAAUAAUAAAGACAACACGAUAGCGCAAGAUAUGGCUACGAAUGAAGAAGAAAGCGAUUCCACAGACUCCGUGUUUUCUAGCAGCAGCUCAAUCAAUUCAAUUAGUUGUUGUGAGCCAUCUAAGAGUUACAUAGCGCCAGAUUUUAGAGAAGUCUACCUGGGUGGCAGUUGUUAUUUACGCACCAAAUGGCGACAAGAUCUUGCCAUACCUUGUUUGAAGGCUAAUGGUAUUUCAUACCAUUUACCUUCAUUACACGAAAGCUUAAAUCCCCGCGAACUAAACUGGUCCGAAGAUCAACCAAAAACCGAAAAUUCGUCGUUACAUAAAGCGCAGGCUCAGCCCAAUGCUACAGCGAGUAAUUUUAUGCGGACUCGACGAAAAUACCGCACCACCAGUGCUCAUAAAGCAACAAACACUGAAGAAGUGACAACAACUAUAAGCGAGGAAACAUUAAGUUGGUCUCUAUCGCCUGUACGCACGAAUCUCUUCAAUCCCGCUCUAUUAGACUCGAGUCGAGUAUUGCUUUUCGUUAUCACCAACGAAACACGAUCUUUAGCACCAAUGACUUUGGCAGCCCACUGCAUCGGCUUAAUGUACAAUGUAGUCUUAGCCGUACAAAUGCUGCCAGAUAAUUGCGUAAUAGGCAAUGAAAAGUUAACUCCUGCAGCCAUUAAGGACUACAAUCGCGGUCGCUCCUAUCUUAUCGAUCUGGCGAAACGUCAAGGUGUACCAGUGUUCCAUAAUAUCCAAUCAGCUUUAGAUUGCGUCGUAGAAAAAAUCAAUUCCUAUCAAUCCAAACGUAAUGAUUAAAAGAAACCUUGAACAUUUGAAGACAUACGACAAUUAAGAUGAUAAUUACUUUUGAUUUUAUUUUAUGUUUUAAUUAAUGUAUGUGGUUGAGAGUUUGUUUUGAAUGAAGGUGUCUGUUAGCGAAUAAAAUGUAUUAUGUGUAAUUUUAAGUUAAGUUUAAAUAAAUAAAAUACAAAUAAAAAUC